CGUAUGUUUCCACCAAGAGGAAAGACAUAGAGACUAGCAGGGCAAAACGGCUCUUACCCUUGUCCAAUCAGCCAAGGCUUAAAGCUUGGAGUUUUUAUGGGUUUUCUUGUUAUAAGUAGAACAGAGCAGGAUGCAGGUUUCGCACAAAGAUGCUGCGAAAACAUUUUUUGCAACCCUGUGCAAAACAGAUUGGUUUCUACAGUCUAGAGUCUAGAGAUGUAAUUAUGUAUAUCGUUAUAUAUCGUGAUUGGGUAAUUACACUGGUCAAGCAACAACUGUUUCGCCGCCGCCUCACGAUCCGACGUCCUCGUCGGCCUUCUGUGAGAGAUCCCCGUCUCUCUGUCAACCACCGAAGAGCUCCCUGGCUCCAAUGUCAAGGCCGAGAGCACAACCCACCUGCCUCUGGCGGCCGCGCUUAAGCCAAAAAGGGCCUGCACGAUGAAAGGCUUCAGGUCAAGUGACUCAAGUGGAACUGAUCCUCAUGGAACACUGCAUUCACACUCCCAAAAAUUUCUAGAACUCUUUCAAUUCGACAAACUGGUGAAUAACACUUGGGCAUCAUUUGGAUGGGUACUGUAGUUGUAAGUUGUUGGUUCAAUCAUUUAAUCGAAUCCCGUCGGACAAAUUACUUUGAUGGCUUGUGCUUGAAGUUGAGUCCGAAACUCUGUGCAGCUCGGGGUUGCUGUACGGGUGGUAAGAUCAAAAAGUGACUUGGAGUCAGUGAUAGCUACAUCUUUGAUAGUUGGUGCUGUGAUUGCUCGGGGAACAUGUUUCAAUGUUUCUUCGACCCGUUUCCAGCCAUCAGAUGGCUUGUUCAGCUAAUCCCAAAAGAGUCGACGCCAUGUGAGACUUCAUCAAGCAUGCAUGGCAGACAAAGACAUGGUCUCAGCGGCCAAAGUGCUUGUGACCACCUUCUGGAUCUUGCAACAUCCGCAGUCAUGUUCUGGUCUACGUUCUUGCGUGUUGCUAGAAUGAUGGCCCAAGCAUGUGAAUCCGGUUUAUGUUGCGACGCAAAAAAAACACAAUGCAUCUGAGAAUGCCACAAACCGAAAGUCUUCAAUGGGGAAGGGUUGGAUGGUUACGCUCACAUGUUUCUGCCUUUUCGCCUCGUGUAAUACCUUUUUCGCUUCGCGCAGUCGCGCAGUAUAUCUACUGUUGCUUGGUUGAUUGCUCUGGGACCAACUGCUUGUUUUCAAGUCUUUGUCGUUUCCUGGAUCGUUUCCCUGCUUCGGCUGGGUCGGCUAUUCGAUCAACCAGCAUAUAAAUUUGCACUGUUUAGAUCACAGUAUGGCUUCUCUUGAUGGAACAGUUUUGGAACAAGCACCUUGGCGACAGUUCUUCCGAACUUCUGAGGGUACGCUGCCGUGUACUUGGUUCUUAGUAUGGUCUUUCCGUUGUGAAUCGAUUGCAGCCAGCAAUCUCUUGGUGAUUCGCGAUGCAUCGGCAGCUUCCUCCAUGGAGUUCAUCAAACGGUUUCUGCGUGAUGGGGUCAUUGAGAUCACCUACCUGGCACAUGUCUGAUUGGUGCCGAUCUGACGAGGUUGGAAUCUUGCCGGCCUCCACUGGCAUCCGAGUUCCCUGUCUUAGUCAGACACUGCGUGGCGAAAAACGUCUGAUGACGCUGUGCCAUGCGGACUUGCGCAGCCUCGGUGGAACGUGUUUGCGCCAUUGGGAAACGAAAGUCGUGUGUUUGCGUGCGUAACGUAAGUGCGGCGUGUCGCUGAGGAGAGGGAUGCUUGGUGUCGACGAGGGGUGUCACAACCUUCGUGCUGUGUACUUAGCGCCUUCACCUGCGCAAGGCUUUCUAUAAUUUUCAUGACGUUAUUGAUAUAUCUUCUUAGGCGCUUCAUGCAUUGCUCCACGCCAGGCUUACUGCCUUUCCUUUUACUUAUCUAUAUAGUACGUUGCUUUUAGUCUGCCAUUUUGGGUUUGCAGAAAGCUUUAACAUGUGGGGGUAUCCGCUCCUAUAAUUGUAACAUUUGAUAACCUUCCAAUCCAAGAACGUAAAGCAGUGAACUACCCGAUCGUGCUGCACAUCUCAGACGAGUGUCACGGCCACGGGUCGGAAUUUCAGGCCUUUGUGGCUCACUGGCCUGGUGGCCGACGUCCACUAUACGGAACAAAUCCCAUGGUGAGCCAGCCAGACAUACUUGCAUGAUAUGAUAUUACCCUCUAGGUGCAACCUUGCCAAACAGAAACAGUUUAGUAUUUGAGGCGUUUGCGUGCCCAAGAAAAACAGCUGACGGGUCCUCCGCUGGAGCUGAGCCCUUUGUGUUUUUCACUCAGGAAUUGAUUUUGUUGAACUUCAAUGUCAGCUUAGACCCAGGUUUGACCAGGCCUGCGCAACCAUGGCUCGCGGAGACAUAACCCUUGCUGCCAUGGAUGGCAGACCUAUUCCAGCCGAUGCUGCCAUUGAUGCGAAUGGCCAGCCGACGAUUGAUGCAGCACUGGCGCUGAAAGGAGCACAACUGCCAAUGGCUGGGCACAAGGGCACAAGCUUAGCAUUGAUGGUGGAGCUUUUAGCAGCCAGCUUCACAGGAGAUGCUUUUGCUUUUGAAGCUGCUGGAGAAGACAGUUCAACUCCUACGCAACAUGGAGAGCUCAUUCUUGCAAUUGACCCGGAACGUUGCAGUGCUGGUGGAGGCCGUGAAGCAUUUCUGAACCGGGUAGAAGCUCUUCUCCAGAUGGUUGAGGCUGAAACCCAAGCUGCCGAGGCUUCGGGAAGGUCAAUGCGUUUGCCCUCACAAAGGAGAUUCACUACCCGGAAGAAAGCAGAGGAAGGCUUUGAGAUUGAUGAGGCUUUGCUCAGGAAAUGUCAAGCCUUGGGCGAAAGCGAGGGUGACACAGCCAGACUUUGAGGAAAAACAAAGUGAGAGCACAUGCUGUAGCAGGUAGAAUUUUGAGCUGGGAAGCAUAGGAGCAAGGACGCUACUAGGGGCUCCUGGCAUCGC